AUGGGUGACCCUAAAAAUCCUAUCACGGAAAACUCUUGUCCACUUGCUACUAUCACUACUACUCAUACUACGACGUCUACUGUUUCUUUUGCGGCUUCUUCUUCUACUACAAGUGGUAAUGAUAAUGAUACAUUAAUGGCCACUACCUCCGGCACCAUCUCUCGUCGGAAAAAGCAUCCGGUUUACCGGGGAAUCCGUUGCCGGGGCGGAAAAUGGGUCUCCGAGAUCCGAGAGCCUAAGAAGACAACACGUGUCUGGCUCGGAACUUAUCCCACGCCGGAGAUGGCUGCUGCCGCCUACGACGUGGCGGCUCUUGCUCUUAAAGGUGGAAAAGCCGUCUUGAACUUCCCGGAUUCCGUCGGUUCUUACCCUUUUCCGGUUUCCUCCUCCGCAGCUCAUAUUCGAAUCGCUGCGGCUACGGCGGCUGCUACGGUUGGGGCUGCGGCUGCCAAUGCGGCUGUUAAGGGAGGUGAAAAGAAGGGAGAGGAAACAGUUUGUGAUGUGGCGGGAUCUUCAGCUUAUAUGGAGUUUGUGGAUGAAGAAGAGCUAUUGAACAUGCCUGGUUUGCUAGCGGAUAUGGCAAAGGGGAUGAUGGUGGCUCCGCCGUGGAUGGGAUCUCCUCCGUCAGAUGAUUCGCCGGAGAAUUCUGACGGAGAGAGCUUGUGGAGCUAUUGAUUGAUUGAAAUCUGUUUAGUUUUGUGUUGGAUGCUCUUCUAUGCGAAAUCAUCUUUGUGUUAU